UCCCCUGAAGGAUAUGGAGGUUUGACUCUGUGCGUAAAAACGGUUCCGUUUGGACAGGAUGGACGCGCUCUUUUCCUGGAGGAGCUGAUUUGGAGCUCUGAGCUGAAGUCAUGAACAGCACAGCAGCUGCGGCGUUCCGUCCCCCCACCAUCCCGGUGAUUAUGUUCAUCUUAGGGGUGGUGGGGAACGUGGUGGCCAUCGUGGUUCUGCGGCUGUCCCGGAAGGAGCAGAAGGAGACCACCUUCUACACGCUCGUGUGCGGCCUGGCGGUGACGGACCUCCUGGGCACCCUGCUGGUCAGCCCCGUCACCAUCGCCACCUACGUGAAGGGCUCGUGGCCCGGAGGGUACUCCCUGUGCCAGUACUCCGGCUUCAUCCUGCUCUUCUUCUUCGUGGUGCAGCUCAGCAUCGUGUUCACCAUGUCCGUGGAGAGGUACCUGGCCAUCAACCACGCCUUCUUCUACAACAAGAACAUCAACCAGAGGCUGGCCGCGCUCACGCUGCUGGCCGUUUACGCGUCCAACAUGGUGUUCUGCGCGCUGCCCAUCGUGGGGCUCGGACGCGUCAAGCGCCAGGAGCCCGGCACGUGGUGCUUCAUCGACUGGCAGACCAACCACACCACGGGGAGAACCUUUAACCUGGCGUACGCCGGGGUGAACUCGGUGAUCGUGCUGGCCACGAUCAUCUGCAACGUGAUGGUGUUCGGAGCGCUGGUCCUGAUGCACCGCCGCUUCAUCCGCCGCACCUCUCUGGGCACCGACCCGCGGCGCGUCACCGAGCUCCGGCGCAGGCGGAGCUUCAGGCGGCUGGCAGGCGCGGAGAUCCAGAUGGUGAUCGUGCUGAUCGCCACCUCGGCCGUGGUGCUCAUCUGCUCCAUACCUUUGGUGCUGAGGAUCUUUGAGAACCAGCUGUUCCUGAACCAGAACAACCAGACUUCAGGCCUGAAUAAAGACCUGCUGGCCAUCCGCAUGGCCUCCAUCAACCCCAUCCUGGACCCGUGGAUCUACAUCCUCCUCAGGAAGGCCGUGGUCCUCAAGCUGAUGGAGAAGAUCAAGUGUUUGUUCUGUAAAAUGGGCGGGCGGGGACGGCGAGGAGGGGGGCACUUUCGCUGUGCUGACGGGCCCCCCUCCUCUUUUGUCUCGGGGGACUCCCCGUCGCUGGUGUCCCGGGAGCCACGCGACUGGGUGAGCACCUUGCAGACCGUUCUGUACUCGCCGGACGGGAACUCUCUGGAGCGGGGGUCAGGGGUGGGCUCCAGCCCAGCCCAGACGAUACGAGGCUCCCGGGAGGUGACGCUGCCUCUGAGGGAGCUCUCGCAGAGGGACUUGGAGAGCAGGAUGCUCCCGGUGGGCUCCAAAGACCCGGCUCUGCACGUGACUUUCACAGACGAGAGCGCAAACAUGCAGGAGAAAUGCAUCUAACCGACCUCAGCAUCCUCCGAUCCAAACGGUCUCAUCAGUUUGAUGCUGCGCAUGAAAUCUGACAGGCGUGUUUCUGAUUGUACCCGUCACGCCCCACAAUACUCCCCCGCCUCUGAGGCC